UGGGCGCGCCGCUCUCGGCGGCAGCGCAGUUCCCGUUCCUGUGGCUGUUCCCGUUCCCCUCGGGCAGGGCCGGGCGGCGGCCGCGUCUCGUCCUCGCUGCCCCCUCCUCCCCGUGCCUCGCAGUGGUCGGCGCCGGUGGCGGGGAGGGCGGGGAGGGAGCGCGGCGCCGCCGCAUGCAUCGCUGAUGGAGCCGGGCUCGGGGCUGCCGCAGCGCAGGGCGGGGGGCGGCGGGCUGGACCUCGGGGCGGGCUCGGCGGCGGGGUCGCCGGCGCUCUCGGGGGGGCAGUCCCGCCGCAGGAAGCAGCCGCCGCGCCCGGCCGACUUCAAGCUGCAGGUGAUCAUCAUCGGGUCGCGGGGGGUGGGCAAGACCAGCCUUAUGGAGCGGUUCACCGACGACACCUUCUGCGAGGCCUGCAAGUCCACCGUGGGUGUUGAUUUUAAAAUCAAAACAGUAGAGCUAAGAGGAAAGAAAAUUAGAUUACAAAUCUGGGACACAGCAGGUCAGGAGAGAUUCAACAGCAUUACCUCAGCUUAUUACAGAAGUGCCAAGGGAAUUAUUUUGGUGUAUGAUAUCACCAAGAAGGAAACAUUUGAUGAUUUACCAAAAUGGAUGAAAAUGAUUGAUAAGUAUGCUUCAGAAGAUGCAGAGCUUCUAUUAGUUGGAAAUAAACUGGACUGUGAAGUUGAUCGAGAGAUUACUCGGCAGCAGGGAGAGAAGUUUGCACAGCAAAUAACUGGGAUGCGGUUCUGUGAAGCAAGUGCCAAGGAUAAUUUUAAUGUGGAUGAAAUAUUUCUAAAACUUGUUGAUGACAUUCUGAAAAAGAUGCCACUGGAUGUUAUAAGAAGUGAGUUGUCCAACAGUAUCCUGUCCCUGCAACCAGAGCCAGAAAUCCCACCAGAACUGCCUCCUCCAAGGCCACAUGUCCGUUGCUGUUGACUUUUUACUUUCUCCAGAGUGAAAAAUAUGAGCAGGAGGGUAAAGAAAGUAUCUGUACUACUCUGCACUACAAUCAUUUGGCAGUUUCUCGUUGCACUUUGUUAUUCGAGUCAGAGCUACACACUAACUUGUAAAUAUGCAAAUAUGCAAUCCUAUGUAGGAUUCAACUAUAACAUUUAAUUAUUACCCCUCUCCCUCACAAUGAUGUUUCGUUCAUUGCCCCAGUGUUAUAAAUACUGUACAGUCAGUGGGGGUUUGCCACACAUCCAGUUGAGGAGGAGGAGGAGAAAUUAAAUCUAUACCUAUUCUUGACAUAAAUGUAAUGUUGUAAUAGUUCUUUGUUAUUAUAAACAGGCAGGCAGAAGCUCUUCUGGUAUGAAGAUAAGUAUAUGGUGCUUUGCUAACUAUUUUAAAGACAAAUUUUUUAAAAACAGAGGACUUUAUGUACAAAGCUUCCAUAAUCAGCAUUAUGUUUCCUUUUAAUGUAGUGAAAACUUUUUUGGCUGUAGCAUCCUCUGCUGACUGGAUUUAUUGAAAAGCUAAGUUUAAUUUUUGGCAGUCUUUUAUUUAUUUUGUUUAAUGCUGCACCCUUUCUUUGUGUACCAAGACAUCACACCUGGUGCAGAUCUAAGAUUGCACUUUGAAAAAGCAUAUAUAAUUUUCUGCAUAAACAUAAAUUUGGUUACAAGAAUCAUUAAGUUUCAAUAAAAGAAUGGAGAUAUAUCAAACUCUAAAAGAAGUAUAAAAAAGCAAUGCUGCUGUCCUAGACAAAUUCUUGAGGGGAAAAAAGAAAUUAAGAUGAUACAUUUUCCUGUGAUAAGGAAUAUAUAUGUGUAUUUUUGUCUGGACAUCUGUAGGGAUGGGGAAAGGGAACCUAAGGUAAAAUUAUUUUCUUUCCUAAUGGUGGAAAUUAUUCCCAUCAAGCAAAUACUGUGUUAGGAUUUUGUCUGAUAAUGAACUUGUGAAUUAUAUCUUUGGUAUAUCUUUUAUUAAAUGCACUGUUUAGUUUAGCUGUGGUAAAUCAGUAGAUACAUAUUUGAAUAACUUGGUGUGUCCUGAAUGUUGUGGUAUUGAAAAACAUUGUGGUCUUUCUAAACUAAUGAAGUGCAAAUAAAAUUUUGUAUUUAUGAAUGACAGUGGAACUGCACCUGUUAUUAGAAUGGCAAGUAUCAAAUGAUGGGUAAAAGGUAGAAUGUGGAAUAUUAAACAACACUUGUGUUAAUUGUCUUAUGAUUUAAUUUUCUGUUUGACAGUCCUUUAGGUGUGGUUGGAAAAGCAGCAGACAUUAGUUGUUCACCUUGGUCACUGCUCUGUUGGGAGAGCAGCUGAUGACCUGGCCCAGCUGAUAUCUUCAAAUAGCAUGUGACUGCUUGUCAUGCUGUCUUAGCAGGUGGUCGCCAGACUAUUAGUUACACUGACAACACAAGUAUGAACCAGUCUUUUUCACACUACAGCUUCUCUACUUCGCAUUCUCUGGUGCUGGAACACAUUUUGUCUGCUUUGCCACUCUAUUAGCCAGAACUGGCACUGAGCACUAAAGUAUACCACUGACUUAAACAGAUUCUCUCUGUUUUAUGGGAGAAAAAGAAGACACAACAAACUGUUAACACACACACACACACACACACACACAAGAAAAACCCCUUAUUUCACUGAAUAAGCUCUGACAUUCUGAAUUCAAUGCCAUGCAGGCCUGUAGCACACAUGGAUUUCUACUGAAAAACUAAGGAAAGCGUGGUUGAUAUUUGUGCUUAUGUCUUCUGCCACCUUGUGCCUAAACAGUUUGCUUUUUAAAAUAGUAAACUUAUUAUAGUUUACUAUCCUAUUGGUAAGAUAAAAUUAAUUUCUAAAGCACUUCUAGGAGUUCAGAUGAUACUGUGGGCAAUAGCAAGGAAGGGAAAACUGUGGAAAGUGGGUUUUAACUUGACAACCAUUUUAUUUUAGCAGAUUUGUUUUUAUUUGUACUUAGAAACUUGUGAUUUUUUUUCCUGCAGUUUUUGAAUUUAAUAAAAAUUAAGAAAUUUGACUUAGAUAAACUUUCUUUUUGUAAUUCUGUGCUGUUUGUAUAUAGGCAGAUUGGGAUCUCAGUCUCUUGUACCAAAAAUUAAAAACUAUUGCAUUUAAGGACA